GAUCGAAGGCUCUCAGACAUUCUCCGACAACCUCUCAGCCUCUAUCAUGUCCCUGCUUCUACCCUGCCCCCGCGCAGUGGGCCACCAACUCCCACACGUGCGCAGCAUCUCCAGUUCUCCCUACGGCCGCACGCACGUGUGGAAACGCCGAAAACCCGUCCUUCCCAAUCCUGUCGUGCCGAAAUUUCCCCAACGUGUCGUCCGCGCCGACGGGUCCUCAUUCACACACUGGACGACAUCCCCGCGUUCUUCUAUCGUACUCACGCGUGACACAACUAGCAACCCGCUUUGGAAUACUGGAAUGUGGGCGGACGGACGGGGUCUGGAGGAGGAAAACGAGACGACAGGUCGGCUUGGGCGGUUCAAUCGCAGAUUCGACGGCAUUGGUGGCUCUGGACAGUCUGUCGAUUGGAUGGACGGAGUUGAGAACUUGAGAGAGGGCGUCAUAGGUGGAGAGUUUGUGCGCCCGGGGCAAGAGCCAAAACAGUACCAUCCCAAGAGAAAGUAAUGAGCUGGUCAUAAUUACUGUCCGCUAAUUUAAUUCGAUUCCUCUCUGCUUCCCAAAAGUGCUCGAGCAACGUCACGACCUUUACCGGUCUCCCAUUCGACAGCCGAAUCGGG